ACAAAGCGUUCUGGGCGAGGAUUGGACGUUAGCGCGUCUCACUCUGGGAUUGGCCGAGGCCAGACAUUGGCACUUUUUGGAUUGGGAUUCGCGCACUUCCUUGACCACUGACCUUGUCCGGCCUUGGGGACCACGAGGGUUCGUCCUGUCCCGCCUCCCGCGGUGGCCUGUAUUUUGACCUGGUGAUUGAUUGCCCGUGAAUUCAUCAUGAUGGGCGGAUCGCAUGGCUUCCCAGAGAUCAGCGCUCAAGCGGCGUACGAUGGGUUCUGGCCCAAGGCCACGGAAGAAAUUCGAACCAUGGACAUGAGUGCCCUCAAACACCAAGAAUUGCCCUUGGCCAGAAUCAAAAAAAUCAUGAAAUUAGACGAUGAUGUCAAGAUGAUUAGUGCCGAAGCCCCGGUAUUGUUUUCCAAGGCUGCGGAGAUGUUCAUAACAGAAUUAACAAUGCGGGCCUGGAUUCAUACAGAAGACAACAAAAGGCGGACGCUCCAACGCAACGAUAUCGCCAUGGCCAUCACCAAAUACGAUCAGUUCGAUUUCCUCAUUGAUAUCGUACCUCGCGAUGAUAUCAAGCCCGCCACGCAGCCACCCAAAAAAGAAGAGGCCAUGGGCCGAAUCGUAGGAUCCAACAAUGAUCAGGUCUCGUAUUAUCUCCAAAUGGCUCAACAACAGCAAUUGCAAGGGGCCACUGCCACAGCUCAGACCCAAGUCGUACCCGGUAAUGCCUUGGUUCAACCCCAAAUUAUCCAACUCCAACCUACGCAAAUGGUGAACCAGAUCACUCCACCCGCCGGAGGGAUCCAGAUCGUGCAACAAAUUGUUGGUCCCAAUGGAGAAAUACAACAGAUACCCAUUCAAUUGACCGCGCAGCAACUGGGCCUGAUACGCCAACAAAUGACGGGAGCCCAACAGCAACCCUUGGUCAUUCAAACCGCGCCGAUUCAAGCCGCAAGUUUACAAGGGUCGGUGCCACAAACCGUACAAGUGACCCAAGGGCAACAGGCCUCCAUGCAGACUUUAGGACAUCAAGUGUACAUAACUGAUCAACAGCAAUAAUGACGCAUUACCACCAUGAACCCGCGUGUCCAGUGAAUAACCCUGUUGAUUGUAUUUAAUACCUCCACCUCCUUGACCCCUCGGAAUGAACGACAGACUACAUUAAACAUUGGAUUUAUUAGAUGUGUGAAAGUAUGCGAGUAAUAUCA